GUUCACUGCCCGGGAACUCAAGUUGGUGUGCAGCUGUUAGGGCAGCACGCUAAUAACUUGCAAAAAAUAGUUAAAACCUUCAAAAAAAAGCAUAAAACCAAAAAAUAAACUAAAAAGAUGUCUGUUACUGUACCUAGUCAAGGAAUCAUGCAUUCUUCGCUGUACGUUGGUGACCUCCAUCCGUUAGCAACAGACAACACCUUACAAGCCAAAUUCUCCGAGAUCGGACCGGUUCUCAGUGCUCGUGUAUGCCGUGAUCUUGCCACUCGGCACUCUUUAGGAUAUGGUUAUGUCAAUUUUGAGGAUCCAAAGCAUGCUGAACGUGCGUUGGAAGUGCUUAAUUACGAACCAUUGAUGGGACGUCCUAUAAGAAUCAUGUGGUCUCAACGUGAUCCAUCCUUAAGGAAGUCUGGUAAGGGGAAUAUAUUUAUCAAGAAUCUGGAUAAGUCUAUCGAACAAAAAGAGCUAUAUGACACAUUUGGCUACUUCGGAAGGAUAUUAUCAUGCAAGAUUGUCAUGGAUGAAAAUGGUCAAUCUAAAGGAUAUGGAUUUGUGCACUUCGAGAAGGAAGAAUGUGCUGAGCGUGCUAUCGAAAAGAUCAACAAUAUGAUUAUUCGCGACCGUGUCGUUUAUGUUGGCAAGUUUAUACCCAAAGCUGAACGUAAGUCACAGGCUCGGAAACUACGAUUCAAUAAUCUGUACAUCAAGAACUUUCCUCCAGAAACUGAUGAUGACAAAUUGAUGGAGAUGUUUACUGAAUUCGGUGAGAUCAAGAGUGCAUGCGUGAUGAAAGAUAGCGAUGGGAAGUCGAAAGGCUUUGGAUUUGUGUGUUACUUAGACCCAGAUCAUGCUGAGAACGCAGUUAGAACUAUGCAUGGAAAAGAGAUUGAAGGGAGGGCACUCUAUUGCGCCCGUGCCCAGCGAAAAGAAGAACGGCAAGAAGAGCUAAAACAAAGGCUGGAGAAACAGCGAGCUGAACGCCAGUCAAAUUACAUGUCGGAUGUAAACUUGUACGUCAAAAACUUGGAUGACAACAUUGAUGAUAAGCGACUAGAAGAGGCGUUUAGUGCAUAUGGAUCUAUCACCAGUGCGAAGGUCAUGAGAGAUGCCAGUAAUCGGUCGAAGGGUUUUGGCUUUGUAUGCUUUGCUGAUCGACAGCAAGCUACUAAGGCCGUCACUGAGAUGAAUGGAACCAUAAUAGGUUCCAAACCUCUGUAUGUUGCUUUGGCACAAAGGAAGGAAGACCGUCGAGCAAAGCUGAUUGCUGAGCACCAACAACGCAUGGCUCAGUACAGGAGUUCCGUUGGCCAGAUAAUCCCAGCAGUACCUGGCCACCCAGCACCGCACAACUACUUCCCCCCUGCAUUCCAACAGACCCCAAGAUUUUAUCAUCCGACAGGUGCAGUUCUUGGUUCUCAGCCUCGCUGGAAUCGUACUGCAAUACCAGCGCAAAUCGGUGCUGUUUCAGGCAGACCGCCUGUUGCAAGCCACUAUCUUGGUGCACAUAAUCCUGCUGCUAUUACACCUAAUCACAUGGCUGCGUUCGCUCAGUUGCGCUCACCUGGUGUCAACCGUCCCAUGGUACCUAACGGUAUGUCAUCAUUGCCCUCGAACCCUCAUUUACAAUCCGCUACAGUCCUCAACCAAGCUGCAAAUCAACAGAGACAACAGGCGUCCGGCAGACAAGGGGUAGUUAUGCCACAGGUUUUGGCAGCAACAGCUGGUGGCUUAAACCAACGACAGACUGCAGCUUCUGUGGUUGCAGGACCACCAUCAGUGAACUCUCCUGUUCGCGUAAGUCGAUCUGUGUUUAUUCGUUUUGUAUUGACUUAGUUGUAGUGUUUGACUACGAGUACAAUAUCGCUGUGUUGUGAUUCUGUUCGUCCAAGUUGUUUUGUAAACUAUGGGUAAAAUAUUGUAAUGGCUCGGUAUUUCUGAAACUUAGAAACUAACUGCCUGGUUCCCAACUACUGCUGUAGUUAGACAAAGUUUGUCUAAGAAGACCAGUUGAUAUUCCAUAAAUUGACAGACUCAUCGCGUGAUAUAUUAUAUCAGUUGUGUACAUUUUAACUUAAUGGCCUUGUAUUCACCCAUCAACCACUAAUAGAUAUAUAUUUUGCAGUAUGAAUACGAUUGUACAGCUUUUCAAAAUGAUUUGUAGCUAAGAAAAUUUCUUUUUGUCAACCUUGCAUGUUUUAAGACGACAAGUACUAUUUGGCAGUGUUCGUAUAAGCAUAUCGUAUGAUGCAUGAACCACUUAGUUUCAAAUUGUUUACCUUUGACUGUUGUAAUGACAUUUAACACAAUCAUAAUGUAGAAUACAUUGAGGCCAUUAUUCAGUCGUAAGGAAGCAGGCUAUCCUGGGUACAUGUUGAAAAUGCACAUAUGUGGUCAGUUGUAAAUUGCUUUGUUUUUUGUUGUGAAGCAACAGGUAGCACCACAAGUUCCAAGGGCUGUGAUGCAUGCUGGUAUGACUGGUACUGCGGCCAACGUUCGAUUCCACCAAACAGCACGCAACGUUUCGGCUCAGCCUCAGCUGGUCCAAGCUGGUGCUAUGCCUACUGUUCUAACUCCACUUGGGGAUCAAAGUCAGCUAACAAUAAGCACUCUGGCCCAGUUACCUGAAGAGGAGCAGAAGCGCAUGCUAGGCGAACAUCUCUUUCCGCGCGUUUUGGCAAUGUUUCCUGAAGAUGCAAAAAAAAUUACUGGAAUGCUUCUAUGCGUCGAUAAUGCUGAAGUUAUCAAUCUCUUAGAAUCUGAGGAGCUGUUGCGAGCGAAAUGUGAGGAAGGCAUUGAUGUGUUGAGAGGCCAUCAAAACCAAAAACGUGACAUUACCGAUGACAGACGUGCUUCUCCAGGUCAGAAUGGGGACGGUUCGACUGGUGCAUGUGUCACACCAGGUUCAUUGAAGCCUGAAGAUUCCAACAAUUAAACGGGGCACGUCCCGUUAUGAGCUUCUAUUACCUUCCUUGUUGUUUAACUUUUAUUCCUUUCUUACUUAUGAGUUGGUAGACGGUUUUCGAACAUACUUCUUGUCCCAUUGUUUCUUGCCUUUGCUUUGUUAACUGCUUGAUAUUGGAGUAUUACGUCUGUUUUUUUAUCUCCGGUCUUUUAGACCGUGAGUUAGUUGAUCAGUGAUGUUGACCGUUCUCUGUUUUUUACUGAGUUUGUUUCGUUGGAUUAUAAAUUUUUGGAUAGUAAAAUUUGUGUUUUGCGAUUUCAUGUAACAGUUUAGAUUUUCGCCAUUGCGUAUCGCAACAGAACACGUUUGGUCCAUUUACACCACGACGGGGCAGUUUACCCAUCUGAUCAUGGCUCGAACACUACAUGGAUGAUUACCGUAUUUUAAUCUGACCCGACCUAGAUCCACCUUGGAUAAUCUUUUGUUACGGGACAGAUGUUGACUAGGCGUGCGUAACACUUCGCAGGUGUGGGGUCCGGUGAAGGUUUACAGCCUUCACUAACUUACUUUUCUAUAAUGCCUUACAGCUGGUUUCUUGUUUACUGAUGUGGUGGCAGCUGAACAGCGACUUUACUACCAAGGAAUCGGCGGUCACCUGAAAUCUUGUUUGCUAUGACUCACGACCGUCUUGUUGUCAUGCAGCAGAAAAGGAGGGACUGUAGCACAAGUGCGGUCGACCCCCAGUAAGCAACUUAGAACAGGGCAGACGCUACGAAUCAAGCAGGCUGAGUGGUUUUUCUGAGUCCUCGAGAAGAUUCCGUCCACUACGACUGGUCUCACUUCGGAGGCUAUGGGAUCAGUACACUAGGAGACAGAGCAACACUAAAAACCAUUCGCGGGGCAAGCGUUGCAUUUUGGGUGACCAGAAAUCCAGCCGAAGUUGUUACUCAAGGUGUCCAGGAGGCCGAAUGUCAUGUGACGAGGUUAGUCCUGAUCAAGCCAGAUAAUGAGGGCAAGACCUGCGUAAGUACGUCCAUAAAAAAAUGGAUGAGAAUGGCGGUUCUUGACGGAACCCUACACUGUACAUAAAUCGUCAGAAGCUGUGAGAAGUCCAGGUGCAGAACCGUCAGCGGUGAUAUGCUCACACAGUACGCAUUGCAGUAGGGGACACUGCCAUUGUUCUAGUCUUUCCGCCGUGAUAGCGGAGCCACAGGAACGUCAUUUCCGCUCUAGAUUUCCGGCACGUUUGUUUUGUCUCAUGCUGUUGCCUUUUGUGGGCUUCUUGUCAUUCGACAACAUGGUCUGUCCCUUGUCAUUGUGCUGGGGGCGGCAGCGAUACUUUCGGGUGAAUUUAGUAAUUGCUGACAGCAUCUAUGGUGUUCUUAGUGUCUAGCUACACUUGCAAUGGUCUUCCAGCUUAAUUUGUUCACGCCCAUCUGAGUGCAGACGUGCUUCAACCAUCAGGUGGUUGCUCCCAAAAUACAUGCUACAGAAUG